AGUAACAAAGCUGGCAAUAUUCUCAUUCAUUCUGAAAAGGUCAGACAGUAAAAUCAGCUAGCAUCAUGAAGAUUUUACUUUGUUUGUUUCUUGUGAUUGUGUCCGUCUAUGUUACCUAUGGAGCAACAUCAUUCGGUGAAAUACAGACAGAGAAAGUUUAUGGUAAAACAGUCAAGUUCUGUGUUUAUAAGGGUCUCCGAAUGCUACCAAAAUCUUCUUUCAUAGAUUAUGAUACAUGUUCGAGAUGUACGUGUAAAAAGACUGGCUUGUCCUGUGCAAC